AUGUCGUCUGAUCAGCCAAUUGGCGCGCCCUUUACCCUGGCCACGUUGUCCAAAGCCGUUGCCUCCUCCUAUGGGCGUGUGCAUGCUGCCGGUGUCUGCAGCAUCAGCGGCAUCAAGAAGAGGAAGCGCACUGAAAUCGCCGUCGGCCUCAAUGGCGAGGGUGUAUCCAUCUACAGCCUUGUCACAUCGUAUGCCCUCCCACCCAGCGCCACCUUCAACGCCGCCCCAUACUCGAUCUACCGCAAGGGUACUUCACGGACACCCACAUGUCGCUUCACCUAUGCUUCUUUAACUGGCUCAAUUUCAGCGGAAAAACCUCAGUUGGUUUGCUUCCACGAAGAGACGUUGGGAGAAAACACCGAGACCACGAAGACCUUCUGCACUCCGUCAACUACCGCCCAAGUUCUUUCACUUGAGUCGCUACCCGUUCCAGCCAGCGGCGCCACUAGCGCCAGGACACACGACCUACUUGUGACCUAUGACGAUGGUGACGUGCUUUGUCUCUCAGCGGAUCUGCAAACCAAGAGAUGGUCUGUCAACCUCAAGUCGCUUCUGUCAUCCGGUGCCUCCAAUGUUCAGCUAGAGCAUGUAUCCUUGGCGAGUGCUAGGGCAGUUACUCGUGGUCUUCUGCAGAGUCGUGAAGACAUUGCAGCCAUCUUAGACCCGACACCAGAUGCUGCAUCAGAUCUGCUAGACCUUACCCAGGUCAUAUGUCUAGUGGGACGCUUUGAUAAGAACCGCAGGAUAGUUGCACUUCUGCAAGUUUACCCCCGCUCCCAAGACCUUCCCACAAGCCGUUUAUCGCCGGUGAAGCACCUAAUUACAUGGAACCUACCCGGGACUUCCUCCACUCCAGCAUAUACGACAGAGGUACCUCAAUCUGCGUUCCACGCCUCUAGCGGUAUACUACACACACUCAUUGGCGGCACGCUUCUCACAUACGAUUUGUCUGGUACUAUUCCAAAGCUCACUUCAGAAUUGAGCAUGCCUGGAGUGAGCUUGGACGCAUUUCUGCGUAUCUCGCAAGAUGUAAUUUUCACGACUACCCAGAACACGUGCCGAGUAUUCGAUUCCAAGUACAAAUCUUUGCAGGCAUUGUUGUCAGUGGACCAUGUCUCGGCUACAGCAGACCCCACGAGUCCUUCGAGAAAACGCAAACACGCAAUACAAGAAGAAGCUGCCCAGACCAUCUCGCCAUGCCAUCUCAUUGCCUUCUAUGCCGACCUGGGUUUGGUAGUAGCUACGCGCGGAGGUGAGAUUUUCGGUAUGCAAUACGGGAGCACACUCACACGAAAGCGUGUGAAAACAGAAGGCACCCUUCUCAUUGAUGCUAUCGGGAAAGGAUUAGCUUGCAAACCCAAGUUUAGCAUGGGGGUAGAUGCGCAGGCCUGGCGGAGCAAGAAGAUCAAGCUAGGUAAGCACGCCAGCAAAGGGAAGAUUGCCAAAUUUGAGGAAGCUUUUGCUGCGAGCCUGGGUAUUGAGCUUGAGGGCAGCAGUUCAAAGACCAAGAAAGCCAACGAGCAAAAUGGGGGACCCUUAACAAAUGGGAUUGGUCCCAAAAUACCUGAUGUAGACGCGAUGACUGUUGACAACAUCAACAAUGACGAGGAUGAGGACAGUGAAUUGCGAACAUGGAGAAUGCCCAAGAGUGUGCCCCACAGCCAGCAACAGCAGUAUCGACAACACGCGCUGUUUGCGCUGAGCAAGAUCUUCCGCUGGGUAGCUGCCCACCCGUCGCAUGACGAGCCACAAGGGCAUCUUAAAGUUGACUUCUUCCCACCAAACGUAUUCCAGUGGCUACUCCAGAUAGGACAGUUGACGAAGGAGUCUAUCCGAAGAGCCAUUAUUGAAGAGAGUCCCGAAAGCAUCCAGGCAGCAUCUAUCAUUGUGGACGGAGACAUUGUCAAAGCUCUGGUUGACUUCGAUCCUGACUUGCAUAUUCUUUCUGCGGUACUGAAUCACAGUCAGUUCCUACCAGCGGGUGAAGUGGUUCAGUCUAUCAAGCUACUCAUGCAGAGCCUGGAUGACAAUGACGAAGAGAAUGAAGCCAUGAAGCUUCUUACUUCUGGAAACAACGAAGAUGAGAUGGACCUAGACAUUACUUCCGAACUCGAGGCCGCAUCCCACGAAAUCGAGCAUGCCCUGGCAGUCCUCGAUCACGGUCUCGCAACACGGAGUCAUACUCUGCGUCCCGCGCUCAUCCGGUUACAUACGUUUCCGGCACCAGUUGUCAGUGCAACACUGCGCUCGAUGCUGCCUCGUCGAGAUCUGGAAUCGCUCAUCCGUCUGCUUCAUCUCGAGCUAAGAAACGGCGGUUGGACCUCUUCCUACGACUUCAACUCUGAUUCUGCAUUUGCUGAGAGCUCUGCUGGGGACCCGGAUGAUCAUGCCGUCACGAUUAUCGCCUCCCUCCUCAGCAGUACGCUCGAUGCGAUUGGUGCAGGCGCUUGGCUUGCUUCUGUUGGCACCCUCUCAACAUCAGAGACGAGCGAAGACAUCAUCCAGUCUCUGCACACGGACACAUCGGAAGCACUCAACGGGUUCUGGGAAGCGCGAUAUAUGCGUGGUCUCUUGUCCGAGUUUCUGCGUUACGCAUCCACUGUUCCAAAGUCUCAACGACCAUCGAAUAAAAAGCUAGAGCAACAAGGGAAACCAUUCCCAGUCAUGAGUAAACUUGACAGGGAUGAGGAUCUACCCAUGCUUCCACUGGGCGGAAAGGCCGAUAUGGGCAUCGAGAGGAUGAAGAAGGGUCACGGGGGCAAAAAGGAAGAGCGCAGUAAAAGGGAAAUGGGCAUGUUGAUUAGUAAGCGGGUACCGAAGUACAGCUUCGAGAGAAUUGUCAUUUGA